AAAAUGUCUCAAACAUCGCAAGCUGCUGCUACUGAUGAAUUGAAUCCUCACAUACAAUUAGACAACCAAAACAAGGUGGUGGUGGAGGAGGAGACUUGUUUGGAUCAUCAUCAUGAUGAUGUGAAUAUUGAAGAAUCUUUAGAAUCAACUAUUGAACAUUACCAUGAUGAAAUUGAGGAGAAUGAGGUAGUAGCAGAUAAUGAUGAUCAUCAUCAACAACAUUCGGACUUGAAUCAACAAAAGAAUAAGAAUAGAAAAAACAAGCCAAAGAAGGUUUUUCCUGCUUCUCAAUUCUUUAUUGCCAAUCAAUCAAAGAGUAAUGAAGAAGCUAAUCUAGUCGAAACGAAUGAUGAUCAUGAUGAAGAAGAAUAUUUUCAUUCCGAAGAACCAGAACUUGCCUAUCACUAUAAAGGACAUAGUUUUAUAGUUAACAAGACAGCAUAUAAGCCAAAUAGUAAUUCUGGCAAUGGCAGUAGUAGUAGCAAUACAAACAACAAGAAUAACAAAUCAAAGAAGCAACAUCACCACAAUCAUAGUCAUCAUCACAAAUACAAUAAUUACUAUCAAAGACCAAAGACAAAGGAGGAAUUUGUGUUGGCCAACUUUCAUUUCGUUUUGAGACCCCUUUCUCAGAGUAAUACCAAUUUUAUUAAUCAACAAUUUCAUAUCACUGAAUAUAACAAUGGAAAAUUUGAUGCAGACACACUAGUUGAUUGGGAUACCAUUGAAUUGGUUAUUCAACAAACUCAUGAUGAAAAUCAAGAAUGUCCAAUUUGUCUUGAUACAUUUAAGGCACCUAAAAUGACAAAAUGUGGCCAUGUUUUUUGUUAUCCUUGCAUUUUGAGACAUGUUGCUUUAGGAGAAACAAACUAUAGAAAGUGUCCUCUCUGCAAUGAAAGUGUUUAUAUAGAUGCAUUGAGAAGUGUAAGAGUUGAAUACAGGAAGAAAUAUAAAGAAAAUGACAAGAUGAAUUUAGUUUUGCUUAAACGAGAUAAGAAACUUAUAAUUCCAGACCUUGUUUCUGAGUUGAACACUACCAAGGAGGGUGUUCAAUCAAAGGAUUUACCUACUAUUUAUCCAGUUGAUGGUGAUUCUGAAAGUGCCAAAUUUUCCCGAUUUAAUGUUACCUAUGAUAUUUCUCAAAUAUUAGAAAAGGAACUUGCUGAUUUGGACAAUUCUCUUAAAACAUCUGAAAGUGCUGCGGAAUCUGAAUUUAUAGUAUUGGCAAAGGAUCAAGUUCUUCAAAGAAAAAAGGAUUGGCUUGAAUGGACAAAAACACAUUUGGCAAAGGGAAAACCAACCCAACCAAAAAACAAAUCCUCACAAAAACCUGAAGUAUCUCAAGCCACAGAGAAGAAAGAAGUUGAGGAUUAUUGGUAUUAUCAAUCCUCUGAUUGUCAAAUGAUAUUCUUACAUCCUCUCUGUUCAAAAAUGUUAAUUCACGAAUUCCAAGAUUACAGUAAUUUUCCAACCAAUCUCAAUGAUUGUCCAAUAUUAGAAAUUGAAACAGUUGAACUCAAUGAGGAAUUAAGAAGGAGAUAUCCUGUUCUUAAGCAUGUUCCUUGUGGUUGUUACAUUUCUCUGGUAGAAAUUGAUAUGAGGAAUAUUGUAUCAAAGGAGACGAUUAAUACAUUUAUAAAAGAUAUUAAGCAUAGAAAAUAUAGAAGAGACGAAAAGGUGAGAAUGAGAAUAAGAGAAGAACAAGAGGAAAAGAAGAAUGAGGAAAAGAGAAAGGAAGAAGAAAGACUUGCCAGGGAAAGAUUAAUUCAAGAGUUGCACAUUUCUAACUUUCCAGAACUUAUUUCCACUCCUCCACCUGUUAACAGUGAUUUCCACUUCCCUACAACGUUGAAAACAGUAACACCUGUCCAACAACAACAGCAACCUGAAAAGAAACAAAAGAAGCCAAACGAUUGGUCAAAACGUAAGCAACAAAUAGACAUUACCCAAUCAGUAGCAAGUUCUUCAGUACAAUUACAAGGAGAUUGGGCUAAGAAAACUAACACAAAUACUACAACAAAGAAUGUAUCAACCAGUUCUGGUAAAAAAGAUGAUUUUCCAUCCAUAAAGUCAAAGAAGAAGUAAUUUUUACAAUAAACUUAGUAUUAGUUUU